CGGCUCGGUCGUAGCUUCGGCUGGUAACCGUCUAACAUUUUAUCACAAAGUCUCACAAACAUGAGCGAUAACGAGAAAGGCUAUGGUCGGGUUAAGAUUGGACGAAGAAAAGGCUGAAGAACCUCUUUAUUAUGAAUAAUAUGAAGCUCAGAUGUGUGAAGCUGAAUUUGUGAAUGCAUGCUAAAUCAUGAGGAGGGAAGAAGUAUGGGCAGUGUGUGAAAAGGGGGAAGUAAGAAGAAUUAAGAAAUUCGAAGAAAGAAGAAUAAUGUGGCGUAAUGAAGUGACAGAAAUAAAGAAGUAAAUGAAGUAAUCUGGAGAAGGUAUAGGGAUAAGUCAUUUUUCUAGUCUGUUUGUCAAAUGCGUGCAUGUUCUUAUCCAAUGAAACACAGUAAUUUAAGUCAUUUACACAACUCAUACUUCCUGUCAUGUUGACAAAUUAAAUUAUACUUUCACAUAUUUGCUGCUUUCAUUAGCAACUAUGUUCCAAAAAGCUUUUAUCUGCCUUCCUUUACUACACUUCUGAACUGUCCCUUUCCACAUUCCUCAGACUAGUCUUAUUCAUAAGUGCACACACAUGUAUAGGUGAGUAUGCCUUGUGGCCGACACUCAUAAGAACUCUGUGUGUAUGUGGUUCGUUCAGGAGUCCCGCUCUGCCUCGCGGAGCGUAUCCCGAGGCUCCCAUGGCUCUGGGAAAUCUGCGAGCCGCUCCCCGGCUCGUUCUAAGGAUGGUUCCCGGCAUUCCCGCUCCAAGUCCCGCUCCCGAUCCAGAUCCAAGUCUGGCUCUCGUCGCGGCUCCAGGCGUCACUACAGCCGCUCUCGCUCCCGUUCACGCUCAUACCGCAGACGCUCCCGCAGCAGGUCCUACAGUGGAGAGAGACGUCAUCGGAGCCACAGCCGCUCUCCUAUGUCCAACCGCCGCAGACACAUCGGCAACAGAGCAAAUCCAGACCCAAACGCCUGUCUGGGAGUGUUCGGCCUCAGCCUGUACACCACUGAGCGGGACUUGAGGGACGUUUUCUCCAAAUAUGGUCCUCUCGCAGACGUCAGUAUUGUGUAUGACCAGCAAUCAAGGCGCUCCAGGGGCUUUGCUUUUGUUUACUUUGAGAACACGGAUGAUGCGAAAGAGGCGAAGGAGAGGGCUAAUGGCAUGGAGCUGGAUGGGCGCAGGAUCAGAGUGGACUUCUCCAUUACAAAAAGGCCACACACCCCAACACCCGGGAUUUACAUGGGCCGUCCUACAUAUGGUGGAGGUGGACCCAGUGGACCUCGGCGUUACUCUCGUGAUUAUGACCGUGGAUAUGAUCGUGGGUAUGACAGAGGAGACAGAGGAGACAGAGGAGGCUAUGAUCGCUAUGACGACAGGGAUUACUACAGAUCAUACAGAAAACGCUCUCCGUCACCCUACUACAGGGGCGCAUACAGGUCCCGGUCCAGGUCUCGAUCCUAUUCUCCACGUCGCUAUUGAAUGAUGUAAUGAAGUUGUCAAGUAUUGUUUGAGUCUGAAGCACAGAAUGAAUCUAGUAUGUUGUGUGUUCAAACAGUUAAUUUUACAGUCUGUCUUAGAUGGUCAUCUAAUGUCCAUGUGCAGUAACUGUAUACAGUAACACUUCAUGUGAGCUGUUAUGUUUUUAUUUUAUUUUAGUUUUUGUAUGCUGUAUGGGUCUUUGAAGAAAUUAAAGGAAGUUGCAUUUUCCAA